AUGUUUGAUAAAGAAUUAGCAGUGAAUUCAAGACAAAUUAUUGGGAAAAUUUCUCACAGUGUUUUAGACACUUCUACUACAAAAAUAAUAACACCCAAAGUUGGAAACUACCAAAUUCAAGAAACAACGACCAGCAACUUUACUGAUCCUAAACGUUAUCUAGAAAAAGAAAAGGAUGAAAAAAAGGCAUUCGACUAUUAUAAAGAAGGUGUAUUUAAUGUUGGGC